AUGACAAGGAUACUUUUACUCUUGCAUCCUACUGUUGUUACUGAUUCACAUUCAGUUGAAUCGAUUAAAUCAGACAUUGAUAAACAACACAGUGGGAAUUACUCCAUAGAUCAGCAGAUCAUCAAUCGAGUAACUCAGGGCGAUGUGAUACUAGAUGAUGCCUCAUACAAUGAGAUUAUAUACAUCAAUCCUAAUGAAGAUGAGUACCGUGAGAUGCCAUUGCUGUUGAUCAAGCUACUUUUUGAUUUAAUGGUUGUCGAAGGCGGAGUUGUCAGGGGAGAUUUACCCAAGGACCAGAACUUGGAUGUGUUGAUGCAAGGUUUCGUUGUUGAAGAAGAUGGAUCAUGGACUAAACCGAAACCAAUUACUGAAACUGUAUCAUUGAAGAAAAAACUGAAUGGAGGUGCCAACAACUACACCCACUUGAAUCUGGGUGCGACGACAAAGAAAUUACCCAUGUUUAAGAAAUUGACUGAUCAAAAUUCAACAACACCAGGAUUAACCGAUACAUCUGCGUCUAAUACCGAUGAGGAGAAUGAGAAUGGAGGCAUGAAGAGGAAAUUGGUUGAGACGAAGUUAACCUAUUUCAGUGAAUCGGAUGAUGAUGAAGACGGAGACGGUGCCGAUGGCAAGAGCGACGCAGAAGAAUACAUUAACGAAGAUGAACUAAUACAGGGAUUGAAAACUGAUAACCUAAUAAUACCCAAGAAAUGCGAAUUGCCCAAUGGAAAAAGAAGAAGAAAAGCUUGUAAAGAUUGCACUUGUGGGUUGAAGGAGUUGGAAGAAUUGGAAGAUGACAAACAACAAACGCUUCAGAAUUCAAUAUUGGGUAAAAUGGCGCAAUCAGCCAGUCUAGAAGCCGAGAAGAUUGAAGCUAGAUUGAAGCAAAAACAAGGAGAAAAAAUCAAGUUUAAAGAAGAAGACUUGACCGAAAUUGACUUUACUGUCAAGGGUAAAACUGGUGGUUGUGGAUCAUGUGCUUUGGGUGAUGCCUUUAGAUGUGAUGGAUGUCCUUAUUUAGGUUUGCCUCCUUUCAAGCCGGGUGAAGCUAUUACUUUGGAUGGAAUGGAUGAGGAUAUUUAA